UGCUCUUGGGUUCAACCGUAAAAAUGUACGCUCGCGCACACGAAUUUGUACACAGCGUUUACCCGUGCGGAUAGCGCUCGUGCACGCGCACUUAAGAGCACACUAGUAAUCGCACUUUGCGGUUAUUCCAUUUUCUGGAAGCGGCCCAGCUGAGCCCGGGGUCUGAGAUGUCCGAACGACCCGCAGACAGCAAUGUCCGGCAGAUGGGCGCGGCGCACGGCAACCGCGAAGACCCGCAGGCGGAGGUAGGCGACCAGAGGUGGGACCCGGCCCGGACGAGUUCUGGGGAAGCCAGGGAAGGUCUGAUUACGGCGGCCUGGGAAGAUCCAGUGGCGGCGCCCAGAGAAGGUCGGAUGGAGGCGGCCCGAGAAGGUUCGAUGGCGGCGCCCAGGGAAGGCUCGGCGGCGGCGGCGGCGGCGGCGGUCGCCAGGGAAGCCCGGAUGGCAGAGGUCGCCCGAUUGUUGGCGGAGCCAGCCGAGGAAGAGGGUCCUGAGGGCAGGCCCAGGUCCAGGUCCGGGAACGGCCCAGGCCUGGCAGCGUUGCCGUAUCUCCGCCUCCGUCAUCCACUGAGCGUUUUAGGGAUCAAUUACCAGCAGUUCCUCCGCCGCUACGUGGAAAACUACCCGAUUGCUCUGGGCAGAAUACAGGAGCUUGGAGAACGCCGCCGGCGGUUUGUGGAAGCCUGCAGAGCCCGGGAAGCAGCGUUCGAUGCCGAGUAUCGGCGGAAUCCUCAAAGGAUGGAUUUUGAUAUGUUAGCAUUUACGGUAGCUCUGAGUGCAUCUGAAGUUAUCAAUCCUCUGAUAGAAGAACUUGGCUGUGAUAAGUUUAACAAUAGAGAAUAGUUUAGUGAUGAAACUACUUCCAGAAGAACCUCUGCAUUCAGAAGUCUUACACUCAUCCUGUAACUUGAUUUUUUAAAAAGUCACAGUAUAUGAGAACAAAGCAAUGCACAGUUUGGGAAAAAAAGGGUAGCUUAUGAAAAAGAUUCAGAAAAGAAAUAGAAAAAAAUAUCAAAAGCACUAUGACUCCUCUUAGGUUAAGUUUGUAAUUGAUCCCGACUUUUUCCCUGCAUUUGGGAAACGUUUUUGCAAAAUUGCUUCACUUAAAAAGUGAAGAAUGGUUUUAUAAAAUUAAGCCUUGAUAAAGAAAAAUUGCCAACAAUAGAGCCCACGAUGAUGAAAGGAAUCAUC